AGCUGGGUGUGGACUGGAAGAUAGAAAAUUCGUCGGCAUCAACCCUAUAUAAGUACAGCUCUGCCGAUCUGCUUCUUCUGUCCAGUCACUGUCCACACACAUUUGUACCUCUCCGCACUGCACUGUGCUUGCUCUAGCUCGCUCCUGAAUCUGCUCCACAGCCCACAGCUCAAGCAGAGCCUGAAGAAAACAUCAGUGGUGCGCGUGUCUGCGAGAGAGAUCAUCCAUGGAGAACCACAAGGAGGGUCAGGCGUGGAUGACGGUGCCGGCGUUCGGGGACUGGGACAUGAAGAACGGCGCCAUGCCGGACUACUCCAUGGACUUCUCUAAGAUCCGGGAGAUGCGCAAGCAGAACAAGAAGGAGCUCUCCCGCGCCAGCCUGGGCGGCGACGACGACAUCCUCGCCCACCACCAACAGCACCAGCACCAGCACCAGCAGCAGAAGCCCGCCAAGGCGCCCACCAAGCUCGGCGGUACGGCCAACGACCACCGCCGCCAGCCCCUCCACGGCCGCGACGACUCCCCCACGGGGAGGAAGAGGUUCCUGAGCUAUUUCCAGUGCUGUAUCAAGGCCUAAAGAACUGCUACUGCUGCCUCCAUUUGCGUGUCACGGCAGAGAACAUCUUAGCAAAUUUAGUCUAGGCUUGUUCGGUUUGCUCAAGUUCACCAAAAAAAAUGUAAUAUAUUUGUCGUCCUGACUCUUCAUAUGCUGGUCUGUUUAGAUAACGAAACGAUUUAUGUGGGAAAACAAAUUGCUUGCGAAACAAGGAAUGAUGUUGCCUAGUAAUGUAGUAUAUCCAGGCAGAAAUGGCAUGUUCAAUUUGUGUA